AUAGCAAGCACUCCAUUCAAAAAUCUCUCCACUAGAUCUUCUUCAUCUUCCUUCUCAGAGAUCAUCAGAGAAAGAAAUCAUCAAUGGCUGCCAGAACCAGACUCAGAAAAGGACCUUUACCACCUCCACAAGAGACAAUUGAGAAAUUAGAGAAAAUUGUAAGUGAUGAUGGGAAUUAUUAUGGUGCUCAGCAGAUGUAUAAAUCAACCAGUGCAAGGUAUAUAGCAGCUGAGAGAUUUGAUGAAGCUCUAGAUAUACUUCAAUCUGGUGCUGUUGUUCAAUUGAAGCAUAGACAGGCUACUUGUGGAGGUGAGCUUUCAUUGAUGCUGGUGGAGACACUUGUUAAAGGGAAAUUUCCUUACAAUGAAGAAACUCUAGGCCGUAUUAAGAAGAUACAUGAGGUGUUUCCCCGGAUUCCUUUGACACAACAAUGGGGAGAUGAUGAUGAGGACAUGCAAAAGCUUUCUGAGGCCUUAGGGGCAGCAAAAAUACGUGUUGAUGCUUGUUCAUCAUUCAUGAAAGCUGCAAUCAGGUGGUCUGCCGAAUUCGGAAGUUUCAAGCAUGGAUCUCCUGAAUUACAUUGCAUGAUAGCUGAAUACAUGAGUUCGGAGUCUCCUGAACCGGACAUGGCAAGAGUGACAUUUCAUUUUGUUCGAGGAAACCAGCCUGAGAAAUUUGCUUCUGCCAUUGUUAAUUUCAUGAGCAAGUGCUACCCAGGUGAAGAUGAUGUGGCUAUUGCACGAGCAGUUCUAAAGUACCUGUCUCAGAAGAAUCUCAGAGAUGCUAACAAGCUCAUAGAUGAGAUAAAAAAGAAAGCGAAGGUGGAUGAACUUGAGUUCCCAGACUCAGAAUUGGUCAAGUUCAUAAUUUAUCUUUCACAAACUUUGGAAAGAGAUGCUUUGCCACUUUUUAGAAUGUUGAGACAAAAUUUUAAGUCGAGUAUCGACAGGGAGCCUACGUUUGAGGAGUUGCUAGAUGAGAUAGCGGAAAAGUUUUUUGGGGUGCGGCGUAGAAAUCCUCUGCAAGGGGGGUUAUUUGGCGACAUAUUUAAGAUGAUGGAAGGUGUUCCAGGUAUGUGAAGAUCAUAUUUAAUCUCUCUCUGCUUGAUCUGAUCAAGAAGCAUUCAUUGCUAAUCCUCUUCAGCUGGAGGAAUAACUCUCGAUGCUGGUUUCAGUUUUCAACGCCCCAACUUUGAACGGCUUUUGACCCUCAGUUGAGGUGACAAACUGCAAAUCAUCCGAAAGUACGGGUCUGUAUAAUUGGACUUCUAUUUAUUCGGUUUCUUUCUCGAACGAGUUCUAUUUAAGUUGUAACCUUUUCCAGCAGAGGUCUCUGAAAACAAACAAUAAUCCCUUUCUCCAUGACCCCCCACCAUCUUCACUUGUACCACCACCACUACUUCUUCCAGUAACUUAUUUCUGGUUGACCCGUAUUUAAAUUGUACAAUCUGUUGUACUAUUAGUAUUCACUCCCAUUCUUCUCUAAGAGUAAUAAAUCAGGCGCUAAAUUUAGCUAUGAAUAAUGUAUAAUUAGUAGCGGUUGUGGAUUAAUGCAAGAUGAACAUACUUUUCUGAACCAACUGAAAAUGAAAUGUAACCUAAUGCCUCACCUUUUUCGUCCAGCCUAACUUAAUAAGGUGACUGAUUGUUUUCA